GCCGUUAUCAUUCUCUCCGCCCACUGCAAAGAUGGAGGACGAUAUGUCAGAUCUUAGCAGACCUCAAAUGUUUUUGUUUGGUUGUACGCUGAGGCCGGAUAAGCGGGAGUUCAAAGUUGACCUGGAUGACGAAGACACAGAACAACAGCUGUCACUCAAAGCUGUGUGUCUGGGAGCCGAGGCGGAGGACAAGUUCCACAUGGUGGAAGUCGAAGGGCUCACGUAUGACGCAAAAACCGCCAAAGUGCCGAUAGCUGUCCUGAAACCGUCUGUCCUGCCAUCUAUGAAUUUAGGUGGGUUUGAGAUCACUCCACCUGUUACCUUUCGUCUCGUUUCCGGCUCUGGUCCAGUUCACAUAAGCGGCCAGCAUUUUGUCAGCGUAAAAACAUCAGAGGAUGAAGAGGAGGAGAACAACACGUCUCCGGUGAAGCGGCCUGCGACCCUUUCCUUAGUCAAGAAGCCUCCACAGAAAAAACUAAAAAUGGAUUCUGAUGAAGAUGAUGACGACGACGACGAUGAUGAAGAGGACAGUGAUGAAGAUGAGGACGAUGAUGAUGAGAGUGAUGAAGAGGAGGUGAUGCCUCAAAAGAACGUGGCAAAACCCAUCAAAAAAGUAAGUCCGGUCUCUUUGAUGUGUUUUCGUAGUGAUAUUUGUUGUAUGUGACAGAAAGAGGUGAACAUUUUUAACC